AUGGCGGCGAGAAGUGGCAAUCGAUGUAAUUUCUGGCUUCCGAAGAAGAAGAGAUCAUGCGCGAAUACUCGAAUCGAGAGUUCAAUGUUUUGUGGAAACCAUAGUCAGAGAUUGGAUGGUGAAUGGAUUCCAUGUCCAAUUGAUCCAUCCCACUCUGUGUUGCAGGAGAAUCUCGAAGGGCAUGUGAAGAGAUGUCCUUUACUAAAACAAACUGUAGCAUUGUCUGGUCAACUGUUUUACCAGAAGGGCAUCAAUGCCGGAAACGAAGAAGAAGAAUCUGUUGUUACUUCGGAGAUGAAGAGGAAUCUUCUCUAUAGCAUGAGUGUUUCCAAGUUUCAUCAGCUGAUUAAGAAAAUUGAGACGCUUCAUGGGGGUAUAUGUAAUGAUAUCGAAGAUUCGUAUUUGUCACCUGAAGCUUGUAACAUAUGGUAUAAUAAGGAGAUAGAUAGGAAGUUACCAUUUCAAGAGAAACAUGUUUUGCAGCAAGGUUCGAUUCUUGGUAACUUGGACAAGAUUGGUGCAUUGAAGAGGUGCAACAAAAGUGUCGAAUCUUGCGAAAGCAAUCUUGAAGAGAAAGACGGCGAUAAUAAUGUGUCUGCGGUUGUUGAAUUUGGAGCUGGGAGAGGAUAUUUGACACAGAUGCUAGCGGAUUGCUAUGGAGUCAAGAGAGUGUAUUUAGUGGAGAGGAAGUCUUAUAAGCUUAAGGCUGAUCGGUCACUGAGACAGAAGGAGAACUUGGUGUUAGAGCGUAUGAGAAUCGAUAUUGAGGAUUUGAAUCUUAAUGCGGUUGAGUCUUUACGUGGUGUUCCUUAUGUGGCUAUUGGGAAACAUCUAUGUGGUCCUGCAACAGAUUUGAGCCUAAGAUGUUGUUUAUCAAGACAAGAUGGUGAAAGCCCUGUUCUGAGAGGUCUCGCUAUUGCGACUUGUUGCCAUCAUCUUUGCCAGUGGAAAAGCUAUAUAAAUAAAGAAUAUAUCAUUAGCCUGGGGAUCUCUAAAGACGAGUUCCAUACUUUGACUUGGUUCACAAGCUGGGCUGUAGAUGAUGAUCACGGUUCCAAAGUUCCUGGUGUUGAUGGCGUUGACCUUCUUGCUUCAAACGCAAAGGAGGAACAAGAAGGAGGAGAAGAAGUGGAAGAUGAUUCUUUGAGCAGUGUGGAGGAAGUUGUGAAGCAAAUGAAGCCCAUGGAAAGAGCUGUUUUAGGGUUUAAAUGCAAGCAGAUAAUCGAUGCGGGGAGGAUGAAGUGGGUUAAGAAACAUGGGUUGGAUUCAAAGCUUGUGAAAUAUAUUCCGGCUAGCAUCUCGCCGGAAAAUACUUUACUUGUCGCCGGGAAACACAACGCUUCUAAUACUUGA